GAUUCAUCGAUAGCAGCCAAGAUGGAUACACAGCGUUUGUUUUUGCGCAAGGGGGUGAAAAUCGGAAAUCUGCUGUACUUUCGUGCACUUUAAACAAACAAAUAGGCAUUAUAGCCGAUGGAAGUGGAACCAGCAUCCUUCCAGCUCCUCUAGGCACCCGUUCCAGGGCGCGGCGGCUAGUCCGUGCCAGCCAAUUGGCGCAGCGACAUCGGCAGAGCGCAACCAGCUGCUGUUUGGAGUAGCAAAAAUAAACCAGAGCACAGCUCCCGCUCCCGCUCCCGAGCACACAGACGAUCCCGAUCCGCAUCGAGAAAGGGAGCACCGACAGCCCAUUGUUCUGACACCGAUUCUAGAUUGCCCGGCCAGAUCCGACUCAGCGAUCUAAAAAUGGAGUGGACGCGCGAGAAGACGCUGCAGCUGAUCAGUGAGUACCGCAGCCGACGCGGGCUGUGGGACAUGACUUGCGACGAGUACCGGAAGAAGGACGUCAAGCAGCGGCUCUUGAACGAAGUCAGCCAAGUGCUGGGCGGGAACAUACCGAUCAACGAGCUGGAGAAGAAGUUCCACACGCUGCGCACGCAGUACCACCGCGAGAUCAGUCGCAUGAAACGCAAGGAGCCCUACAACUCCAAGUGGUUUGGAUUCAAAAACCUGGUGUUCCUCAGCUCGCCUUACGCCUGCCGCUCCACAAAGGGUCGCCUGAAGGCGGAUCUGCAGGGCGACGAGCGCAAGUUUGUCCUGGGCGAGGUCACCGCCGAUCAUAACAGCGACAGCAGCACGCCGGCCAAUCACAACAGCAACACGAACGCCAACAUGAACGAGGAGUACCUCCGCAAGAACCACGCCAGCAGUCGGGCCCAGGAGCUGGAGAAACUCAUCGAGGAGACAACCAAAGACGUGGACGACAUUGAUGAGUCGGAGCUGGAGGAGGGGGAGGUCAAGCCAAAGCAGGCGAAAGAGAUGAGUGUCCGUUUUGUGAGCCUCAACGAACAGGAAGAGACGGAGCCGCUGGAGAAUCACCAUCAGACUCUGAUGGACCUGCACCACCAGGGCAACGCCGUGGAAGCCGUCAGCUUCCAGGCCAACGAGAGCGGCGAACUGCACUACCAGACCACACCAUCCCAAAGCACGGGCAGCAGCUCGGUGCACGUAAUGCCCACACGAAUCAUUAAGAUCCAGCGGCGGGACACGUCGAGUGGGCACGAGGAUAGCUACUUUGAGGAGCACACGCAACUGCAUCCGCCGCCGGUCAAACGCAUGUACUACGAAGCCAGUCCAGCAUCGCACAACACCACCUCCAUUCUGUCCCCCGCACUGGAAAGCAGUGCCAACGGCACAGCCAGCAGUGUGCUGACCACCUCGCCCGGAAUAACCAUGAGUAACCUGCGCUUGCCCAAGGUGAACACGCCGCCCAAACCAGCCCAGGCCCAAGCCAUCCCCAGUCCACCUCCGCCCACCAUUGUCAGCCUGCCGCCAGCGCGCGACGAGUUCGCAACGUAUGGAGAGUACGUGGCCAACGAGAUGCGCGCCAUCAGCAAUCGGGAGGUGCUUGUCGCCCUCAAGCACCGCAUCAACACGGCCAUCUUCGAGGCCAACAUGGCCGAAAUAGCCCCGAAAUAGAUUGAUCACUUAGCUAGAGCUAUUAACUACAACUUUAGGUUUAAGGCCUUUGUCUCUGUGCUUUUUAUAGGCCUCCUCCCCUGUGACUUGUAUUCUCAUUUGAAUUUGUACAUUUAAAAUAUAUAUGUAUGUAACGAUUUAAA